UUUCUUUUCACGCAUCAAUGAGAAUUACAAUCAACCCGCAGUUAAUCCAUUUCUUGAUCGUGGUCUUGUUCUGUUUAACCAUCACCCCUGUCAUAACACAGCGGAUCAGAUUAGGUGCCAGUUAUCGACACCAUAAUGAUCCAUCACUGGGGGAAAAGCCAAGCUUCUGUCCGGCAUGAUUGGACAGGUCUCUACCCAAUCCGGGGCUGGGCUUCUGCGUCGCCACAGUGUAUUGUUACAUUUGUUUGAAUACCUCGUUAGGUAAAAGUA